AUGGAAGGAAUGAUAGACACCGCAAUAGUGACUAUACAAAGGCCCUUCCUUGCAUUCUAUCAAAAAACCAAAGGACAUAAUAUUAUUGCAACAAGGCUUGACUAUAUUUUUGUCGAAGAACAAUAUGCUCAAUGUUGCAAAAAAACCUGCACUAGAUUUGGGAAUUCUGACCAUCUGCUAGUCGAAAGUGAAUUAACAUUUGGAAAAAAUAUAAGUAGAUCAGGUCAGAGGUGUUGGGACUUAUUUAAAAAUAAAUUACAAUCAAUCUUGAAAACAACCAGAACUCCCCAAGGCUCAAAAAAUAUUAUUCGUAGAUUAAAUAAAAAGAUUACCAGGUUAGAAAAUAAAAUAGCAGAAGAUCAGAAUCUACUAGACCUGCAAUUAGUAGUGAAAAAACUUAAAGGGAAGUUGCAAGACGAACUUACCGAAUUGGCAAAUAAAUGGCAGAUUUGGUCAAAAGCUAAAUGGAUUGAAAGUGCAGCCAGAGGAGUAAUAAACUUGGAUUCAGAGAACUGGCCAUGGAGAUUGAAGGAAAUUAAACUCACAGGAGUUUUAGGAAUAGAAUUUAAAAUACAAAAAAACUGGAUGAACAUUAAGUGGGUUGACAACAAACGAAAGAAUAUUUUCUGGCGCCUCCAACAUGGUGCUCUUCUCCUAGAAUAUCGAUUAUUACACAUUAUACAAAAUGACAAUGGAGAAUGUUUGGAGUGCCCAGAGGAACUCCAAACUCUGACACACUUUAGCCUUAACUGUAAGACAGCCCAAAUGGCUAGAUGGGGAGGUAAUCCUAUUCCACAACCAAUUCUUCCACAUGUGGUUAAUAACAGAAUAAAUAAAAAGAUCAAAACUCUUAGCGCUAAAAUGGGCAUGUUAGAUUAUGCUACAUAUAAAAGUAUGUCUGUAGAUACUAUAGACGAACAUAAUUAA